AUGAUCCGUUCUAGAAAUAACUGUCCUAAUAAUACACAUGAAGUAGAAUUUGUUUUUAAUACCCCUAUUGAAAUUAUAUUAAAUAAAGGAAUGGGUGUAUAUACAACUUCUCUUUUUGAUUUACUCUUCAAUAACACUAAUUAUAAAUCAUUCUGUAAUUGUUUUAAAAGAGUUAAAAUAUUUAAAGCAUUGAUUAGUCUCUCAAUAGGUGAAAUAAAUGUAGAAGAAAUAGGAUUAAAUUUUCCUAUUGUUAGUACUACAUGGUUUCCAACAUAUAUUCGUUCCAAUAUUGAUCAAGACACUGCUGAUGACAAAGAUAUAAAUAAAGUAAUUAAUAUGAUUAAUUCAAGUACUCAUUUACAACAACAAGUCUAUUAUCCAGGUGGAGCAUUUCAAAUUAAUAGUAUUAUUAAAGCUAUGACAUUACAAGAACAAAACUAUUAUGGACCUACUAGAGUAGAAGGAUAUUGGAAAUAUGAUUCACCUGAACUUCAACCAUUUACAAAUGAAAAUGUAAGUAUUCCUUUUUAUCCAUGGUACUUCAUAGGAAUAGAAACACCAAAUAACAAUGAUAAUAAAAGUAUUAAAUUUAAUUGUCAAUGGUAUAUCACUGUUCAUUUUGAUAGAUACAUUAUUACACCAACUGAAUUAAAAGAAAAUGAAGGAGAACCACCAUUAGAUUUACUUGAUUUAAAUGUCAAUUUAACUAAUGAAGAAAUCAAACAAAGAGAAACACUUACAUAUCAAGCAGAAAAUAAUUCAGCAUAUGAAAAAGUAACUAUAGCAUUUCCUGAAAAAGAAGAAUCUACAUUUAUUUUAAUUAUAAAAGAUAAACAAUUAUAUUAA